AUGAACCCGUAUCCAACGUUGCCGCCCAUCCACCACCUACCGAUCCAGUCCUCUUCGCCUUCGCCUUCCCCCUCGUCGUCGUCCUCGCUCUCCCUCUCGCAUACAAAUACCAAUUCUUCAUCCAACCAACGUCAACAUCCGCCGUCCUACAUACCCUCUCCACACCACCACCAAAACAACUUUUCGCCCUCACGAACAGAAGAACUCAAAACGUCUCUCGAACAAGCAAAACUCGACCAACGACGUCAGGAGUAUGCCCUUCUCCGAGAUGCCUUGAGAAGAGGAGUCCCCUAUUCCGUCAUCCCGGGGCUACUGGCAGCGAGAGAUUCGUCGGUCAGAAAGCGGGUAGGGCAUGACGGGUAUGGGCUCGGUGGGGAAGAGAUCUAUCAGCAUGGGUUGGAGACGGGGUCGAGGUUGGGGACGCAUGAUUCUUCUCAAGCACAUGGGCAGGGGCAGGGGCAGGGGCAACAGGCAGGUGUAGUAUAUUACAUCCCAGCUCCCACAGAUACUCUCCCAAUCCCACCAGAGAAACGCCGCCUCGACCUCGACGACAGUUUCCUGAACCGGGCAUAUAAACGCCGAAGACCGUGGACUGGUGCGACGAGGGGCCGUUCAGCGCAGGGAGGGGAGCGCACGCAGCGGAUCACUUUUCAUCAUUGGGUUCCGGAGGGUGGUAAAUAG